AUGAUUUUAAGCUUAGCAUUUGAAAAUUUUCAACAAAUAUUUGAAGAAAUAUCACGAGAGAAAACGCUGCUCUCUUGUCUGCUCGUCUGUCGGUCAUGGUGUCAAAUAGUAGCGCCGAUACUAUGGAGACGCCCGUUAGAGCGUUCACCAAGUUUCAAGAUAAUUCCCGUGUACUUAUCGUGUCUUUCAAAAGCACAAAUAAAUUAUUUACUAGAUAAUGGUGUGGACGUGGGCUACACUCCAAUACCAGUGUUCAAUUAUCUCUCGUUCGCAAGACACAUUGAUAACGCAAACUUGGAAAUAUCGGCGUUGCAAUGGUGUGCACCACAUGAUACUGCGAUUGACAGAUUAAGACUCGUCAAAAACCAGUUUAUUGAUUCGACUCAAGAACAACGACAACAUGCAUUACUUAUUGUACAAGAAUUGUUUAAGGGAUUUCUUGGGCAGUGUGGUACCCUUCGUAGUAUUAACAUUGAAGUGGGUGUUGAUGUCGGAAGCAGAUGGCGGAGUCAGAUUUCUUUCUCGUUGCCGGAUGUCAAAGGAAAUGAUUCAGUCUUGUUGAAAUUGAAUAAACUUGUGCUAGGUGGUACUUUUGACAAAACGAAUUUCUUGAAACGAUUAAUUGGACAAUGUCGAGAAAUCAAAUAUUUGUCGAUUGAUGGACUACAGUCAGAAGUAUCAAGUGAGGAAACUGUCGCACUAUCUCAAUUGAUGUCAUCGCAAAAUUGUCUUUGUCAUUUGAAAUUAAUGCGUUAUUAUGGAGAUUUGUCGCUUGUCUUUGCUUCUCUUACACAUCACGUUAACAACCUCCAGAAUUUAGAAUUGCUAGGUGUCAAUUUCGGUAUUCUCUCCGAUGCGUCGGUUUCUGCGUUGGCUGCCUGCGAGAACUUGCGUUCAUUGAUUCUAAAAGGAUCAUUUCAUCUAGGCGAUGAAAUCACUGAACCAUUGUCAAGAGCUUUCUAUAAACUACAUUUCCUCUCAAUUGACGAAUACUACAAUCAAGUUCCUGUGGAUUUCAUAGCUGGAUUUUUGGAAACAGCUAACAGGAAUUUACGAUACCUCAAAAUACACUCACCAAUGAACGACAACAUUCCAUUUCCAAAAGAGCGAAUUCUCGAUACUAUCAUUAGAU